AUGAAAAUUAAAAGCCGUAACGUAAAAUUUCUUUAUGUUAUUUCAUUGAUCUUGACAGUAUGGAUACGACUCGUGCCUGCUUCCAAAUUAAUCCGUAAUAGUAAUAGUCAAUCUUGUCUCCAACAUUCGGAUGCUGCAUCCACUUCCUGCGUUAAACUUUCUCAAUCAACAUGUCCAGUUAAUAGAUUUAUUGAUUUCUCAAAAUCAAUUGAAUGGAAUAUUAUACCAACUAAUCCGUCAGUGGCAUUAGAUUUAACAAAUUUAUCCGAUUUUUUUAUUGAAUCAUCUGAUAAUAAAGUUUGUCUUGCUGCUUCAUCAAAUGAUGUGCAAGUUUGUCCGUGCGAUCAAAGUAUUUCACAAAAAUGGAAUUUCAGUAGUAAAAAUAAUUUAAUGAGUAGUGCUUAUGUUGGGAAAUGUUUGGCUGCUAUCGGAGAUCAAUUUACAUUAAAUCCUUGUAAUUCUGGUGGUGAUUCUAUGUCUUGGGAAUUUUAUCAUGUCGCUCCAAUUUUUACACUUAUUUUAAUUUUCAAAGAUGCGGUUAAUUUUUAUCCAAAUACUUUAUUUAUGAAUAAUUAUACACAAUUAACGAUGGACACUUAUACAUCUAAAAAACUUCCUUCUUCCAUGUUUUCAUCUCCAUUUUCUGUUGAAAUUCCUCCUGGUUUUCAAUUCAUUAUUGAUCAUGGAAAUAAUAAUACAAUAACUUAUAAUUUUGAUAUGGCUAGUAUUCCUCCUAUUAACGAUCUAUCUUCUACCAUAAUUGUCAAGAUAAAACCUGGAAUGAUCAUUUAUGAAAGAGAAAAUUAUUUUGGUGCAAGUGAAUAUUUCAAUGUUGGAACUUUAGUCUCAACACCAAAAAGUGUUGGAUCUAUUAUGAUGGCCACAAAUUCGAAAGCUGUCUCAAAUUUUUCAGGAAAUAAUUUGGGUUUAUUUGAACCAAUUCAUAGUUUCAUGAGUGUUUUGGCUGAUUCUAGUCAAAUUUCUUUUGGAAGUUUAGAAAUAUCUCAAUCUACAUGUAAAGAUGAGUGUACAUCUGGAGGUUUUUGUUCGGUCAACAAUGUGUGCGUUUGUAAAUCUGGAUUCACCGGUUCACAAUGUGAUCAAUGUGCUCCUGGUUUCUGGGGCCCGGAUUGUUUGGCAUGCUCUUUGACUUGUAAAGGCACAACAAAUAGUAGUCAAAUGACCUGCGAUGACGGGCUAUUUGGAACUGGUAAAUGCAAAUGUGCUACUGGAUUUAAUGGCACAAACUGUAAUACUUGCGCUCCUGGAUUCUUUGGUCCCAACUGUACACCAUGUAAUUGCGGUAACGGCGUAUGUGAUAAUCAAGGAAAAUGUACUUGCAACGCAGGUUGGGACCCAAGUACGAAUUGUACAGCUACAAAAUCAGGUUACUUUCAAUCGGGUAACGAUGCCAAAGCGUGCCCGAUAGGAUGUGCAACUUGUGAUUCAACCGGAAAAUGCACAAAAUGUUUAACCGGUCUAAACUUUGCUACUGAUAAUCCAACUCAAUGUGUUCCUCAAAAUAGUGUUACUUGUCCUGCUGGUCAAUUUCCUGAUACAAAUAAUGGAAAUACUUGUACUCCUUGUAAUACUAAUUGUGCUACUUGUUUUGGUUCUGGACCUGAUAGUUGUUUAACAUGUGCUGCACCGAAAUUUUAUUUAGAAGGAGGGUGUGUUACCCCAUCGACAAAUGGAGAAUGUAUAUCUCCUAGUAAUCAGGCGUUCGUUGCUAAUGCUGCUCAAGGGAUUUGUAAUGCUUGUCCAAGCGCAUGUCUUGGUUGCUCAUUAAAAAAUCCCGCUGAUCUUACCAACCCGAAUGGUAAUGGAGGAGUUCAAUGUAGCAGCUGUCUUCCAGGAUAUGUACUUGAUAAUGGUAAUUGCGUUAAAACUUGUUCCUCCGGAAAAGUAGUUAAUCCAAAUGACAAUUUAAAUUGCAUAGCGUGUAAUAGUGCAUGUGCAACUUGUAGUGGUCCUUCAGCAUCAGAAUGUUUGUCGUGUUCGGCAUCAAAUCAAUUUGCAUUGAAUGGAACCUGUUCAUCAACUCCAUGUCCAUCAUCAUAUUUCACCCAAAAUACUUCUUGUAUUAAAUGUCAUCCUGACUGUGCAGAAUGUUCCGGUCCAGGUUUUAAUCAAUGUAAAAAAUGUCCAUCAACUCGUCCAAUAUUAUCCUCUGAAGGUCAAUGUGUUGAAAGUUGUCCGGAUGGUAAUUUUGCUGAUAGUAGUGGAAAAUGUCAAAAAUGUAAUUCUGAAUGUUCCUCUUGUAUUGGUUCACGUUCUGAUCAAUGUCUUGGAUGUGCUGAUCAAACAAAAAUUUUGAUAAAUGGUACUUGUAGUGGAACAUGUCCAGCUGGUAGUAAAAUGAUAGUAGCUGAACGAAUUUGUUAUAAUCUGCAAACUAAUACCAUAGUUUCACCUGAUUCUAUUCCUAACUCUAAUACAACAUCAUCCGAACUUGAUGUAUUUACGAUUAUAUUAAUAGUUAGUGGGGCUAUAGUAUUUAUUAUAUUGGCUCUCAUAUUAAUUCGAUGCAUUGCAGUAAGGAGACGUGUAGCAAAAACAAAUGAAUUUGGGGGAAAUCUUGAUGAAAAUAAUGUAAUUAAAAAUAUGAGAAAUCUUCAAAAUUCUCAAAAUCAAGUUAAUGUUCCUGAGAUGGCUCAUUCAGAUUCUACUACGAGCUUUAAUGAGAAUCAAUCUCCACCUGCAUAUGAUAUUACGGCAGGAAAAUUAUAUUGGAAGAGAAUGCAUAAAAAAGCCAAUAGUGAAUUAUCUAGUAGAGAUUAUGCAUUAUGGAAAUUAGAAGGAAGGCAUAGGAGUCGUCGUACUGAUGAUUGGGAUGGUUUUGUGAUGGAGUUUCCUGGUGGAGCUUCAUCGUCAAAUAGUGAUGAUGAAUAUAAUAAUGGGUAUGAUAUAGAAAGAAUUGGAGGAUAUAGAGGUAGUAAAAAUUCUGUCAGAUCUAAUGUUAGUAAUUUAAGUCGACAAAAUACAUUACCUGCAAAAAGAGGAUUAAAAUGGGGUGAAAAUUGGGUCUAA